AUGGCAUCAAAUAGCCAUGCGCAAGCCGGCUUAACAAGACUGAGCACGACCAAGCGGACAUAUAGAAGGGAUUCGCUGUCUUCCUCCAGGACGCGUGAUUCGGGUUAUAACAGCGAUCCUGAUUCCCUCUCGCCCUUGGAAGCGGGGACGUUGGAUCAGGGCAUUCUUUUCGCACCCCUUCCACCUGUGCCGAGCAUUCUUGUCAACAACAAAGCUACCUUUCCUAAGAAAUGCUACGUCGAUAGGCCUUGGUUGGCUAGCCAGAACUGCGUCACUAGCAACCCUGCAGAACUCAUCAUCAGUCAGGCAUUCCUCCAAUCCACAUCUCCAGAGGCUCCAAAAAUAGGACCUGUCGGGACUUUGCUUGACUUUCCACGUAAGGAUACCCCUAAAGAUAGGCAUUCGUCGGACGAUGAAGAUAUAGAGCGGUGGAUCAACGACAAUCUCCCAUCCAGCAAGCGCCCUAGGGAACGAGUAACAUCCAUCGUUUCCAUCUCAUCCACGAGCAGUUGCGACAUGCAUACCAACACCGACUUUAGUGACGACGAGAUGGAUCAUAAUGUGAAGGCUAUACGGCGUUUUCCGACUUCCAUCCUGAAGAUUAUUGACCUUAUCUUACGCAAAGUCGAGAUCAACCUCCGCAACGCGGCUUACAAGCAAUGUGCGGGAAGUAAAGCCGCGCACACCCAAGGUAGAGGCACACUCUCUUCAAGCCAGAGCAGUCGUAAAACAUCAGUGAGCUCAGGAACCAAACGCAAGUCCCGUUCAGAAGGCAGUCCGCCACCAGAGGACGAUGACGAUGAUGGUUCAAACAAGCGACGCCGAGGCUCCACGGCAACUACCACCGACGAUUCUGAGACUGGAGCAAAGUUUGCGUGUCCGUUCUACAAACAUGAACCGGACAGGUAUCGCAACAGGCGCACUUGUCCUGGACCUGGUUGGCCAUCCGUCCAUCGAAUGAAAGAACACCUCUAUCGAUCACAUUCCCAGCCGAUAUUUUGUCCAAUCUGCUACGAGACCUUCACUUCAGACAAGGCGCAAUCAACUCACGUACGUCUGCGACAGUGCGAGAAUUCACCGCCUCGGGAAAUUGAAGGAAUCGACCGUGAGACUAUUCGGACCCUGAAGAAGCGCACCCCUGCGUAUAUGCUAGAGGAGGACAAGUGGAGAGACGUAUAUCAGGUCCUCUUUCCAGAUGUGGCUGACGCUGAGAUACCCAGUCCAUUCUACGAUUGCGAUUCACCAAGCGAAACAUCGCGACGCUUCCGCAGAGAUCUUCUGCAUCGCGUACAUCAAGAACUGCUUGUCGAGGCCGGACAAGUACCUAGUCCUGUCGAGCGAGAGAUUAUGCAGCGCGUGGCCCAAAUCGUGCGCCGUUGCGAGCAAGAUCUGCUGAAUCAAGCGCAACCGACAUCUUUCAACCCGACGCGACGUAGUAGCGCCAUUUCUAUAAGUAGUGCGCCCCAUGCCCCGCCUCUACCCGAGCCUACUCCGAUUGUCGAGCCAGAUGCUCCGUCGUUCAUUCCCGAGCCUACGAUCGAUUGGGGCUCCUGGAACUACCCGUCGUACAAUCCAUUCGGUCUAGGAAUCGAUUGGGAAGCUGCGUUCCCAUCUGGGUCUCAGAUGCAGUAUACAGGUAGUGACGAGACGGCUGCAAGCUUUUUGGUGCCAAUGCGGACGUAG